AUGUCAUCUCCCAACUCUGACCCUCUCACUACCCCAAUUACCAAUGGCGUAGCCACCACCACCACUCCCAAUGCCUCAGCCAACACAGACGGACUCAGCCCAGCCGCUAUGCUGCUUUGGGCCCACGAACUCCAACGCCAAAAUGAAUUCCUGACCAAAGAUCUCAAACGCGCCAACAAACGCAUCGACUCUGCACAUGAGGAUGUGUACAGGAUGCGUGAAUGCAUAGAAGAGCUAAACCUUUUCGCCACGAGCUUGGUCAUGCACCAAAACGGCCGCUCUACCCGCGAAUACUUUGAGGCUGCCGAUGAUUUUCGCUUGUGGCAGUUCACCUUGCCCGUCACGCGGCCAGAUAGCCGGUGGUCUGAUCUACGCCAUGUUAAUGUAUUUUUUGCUGGCUUGGAUGAUGAAGAUGAACGGAGCACGUUCUAUCAUGGUGGGCCUUGGACUUGGGAUAGCCUUCGCGAGCACUUUGAUACCGCCAGUGAUGAUGGCGUCGUGGUCUAA